CGUGGAAGCAGCACACACAUCAGUUUGAUCUUUGCUUGAACAAAUCGGAGUUGAUCUACGCCGCUUGUUUCUCGUCGCAAUAUUCUCUGCUUGACACAGCUGACUGGGCCUGCUGAGUGACUCAGAGGCAUCUAUCUGUCAUCAGACAUCAGCCAUGUCGCAGGAUCACUUGAUGAAGCAGGUGAGGUCUCGCUGCGUAGGCGUGUGUGUGCAAGAGAAUGCGCGUUGGCACACCUGCUCUCUGUGUGUGUGUGUGUGUCAGGACCUGGAUGCCCUGGACGUGGGGCAGCUCAACCCCCUCACGCCAGAGGUCAUCAGCAGACAGGCCACCAUCAACAUUGGUACGCACUCACGCACACACCAGCCAUACGCACGACAGACAUGAUGAGUGCACUACUCCCUGUGCGUGUGUGUCUCAGGAACCAUCGGCCACGUGGCGCACGGCAAGUCGACCGUGGUGCGGGCGAUAUCGGGCAUCCAGACGGUGCGGUUCAAGUCGGAGAAGGAGAGAAACAUCACCAUCAAGCUCGGGUGAGUGAGUGUGUGUUCACAACCGACACGCAGUGGGCAGGGAGAGGGAGGGGAGGACACCUCACCUGCGUGUGGUGUGUGUAUGCUUGUCUGUCUGUCGAUCGAUAAGGUAUGCGAAUGCGAAGCUGUACAAGUGCGAGGAUGACGAGUGCGAAGCACCCCAGGCCUACGUGUCCUUCGGCAGCGACAAAGAAGACACGCCCAUAAGUCCCUGCUGCAAGAAGCCUCUCACAUUGAAGAGGUCCUCACCCCACACCCACCCCUCAACACACGCCCGACGGACGGACGGACGGAUGGAUGGAUGUCGUCCUGCAGGCACGUGUCGUUUGUGGACUGCCCCGGUCACGAUAUUCUGAUGGCGACGAUGCUCAACGGCGCUGCGGUCAUGGACGCGGCUUUGCUGCUGGUGGCCGGCAACGAGAAGUGUCCGCAGCCGCAGACCUCUGAGCACCUGGCGGCCGUCGAGAUCAUGAGACUCAAACACAUCAUCAUCCUGCAGGUAAGAUGCGAUGCGGCCUGUGCGGUUGAGGCCGGGCGGGCGGCAUGUGUGUGCGUGUUGGUGUGGUUGUUGUUGUGUGUGGUUAGAACAAGGUUGAGUUGAUCCAGGAGGCGCAGGCGACUCAGCAGUAUGACGACAUCAAGGCGUUCGUCUCGGGCACGGCUGCCGAUGCGGCCCCAAUCGUCCCGGUGUGUAUGCCGCCACACUCUUAAUUAACCCAACACAACCCAAAGACCACAGCCAUUGUCCAUCCAUCCAUCUCUGUGUGUGUGCACGUGUGUGUGCUAACUAUAGAUAUCGGCGGUGUUGAAGUACAACAUCGAUGCAGUGGUGGAGUACCUGUGCACCCAGAUCCCGGUGCCCGUCAGGGACUUCACCUCCAAGCCACAGAUGAUCGUCAUACGGUCGUUUGACGUCAACAAGGUGAGUGAGCUUCUGGACUGACAGAGACACAGACACAGACAGCGGCCGGCUGGUGUCACGCUCAUGUGUGUGGUGUGUGAAAACAGCCUGGUGAGGACGUUGAGAACCUCAAGGGCGGGGUGGCGGGCGGGUCGAUCCUCAAGGGAGUUCUGAGGGUAAACAGACACACACACACACACACACAUAUACACGAACAGACAGCAGCCAGCGCGUGUUGUGCAUUUUUGCGUCAGGUGGGUGACGAGAUAGAGGUGCGUCCGGGCGUGGUCACCAAGGCCGCCGACGGCAAACACACGUGCAAACCCAUCAGAUCACGGUGCGUGUGUAUGCAGGCCAGGCAGCUGUGCACAACACAAACCACCCAAACACCACACCUAUCUCUCUCCGGUGCGUGUGUGUACGCGUGCAGUAUCCUCUCCCUUCACGCCGAGAACAACGACCUGCAGUACGCCGUCCCAGGCGGCCUCAUCGGUACAUACGUAACCAUAGCUAGGCAAGGCAAGCUAGCCACCAAGGCAUCCCUCCCUCCAUCCAUCCACACACUCUGUGUGUGUGUCAGGUGUGGGCACCCUGAUCGACCCCACCUUGACCCGUUCCGACCGUCUGGUGGGUCAGGUGCUGGGCCACCCCGGCUUCCUCCCCGAAGUCUACAUCGAGAUCGAGAUCACAUUCUACCUGCUGCGAAGGCUGCUUGGCGUCAAGACGGAGGGGCAGGAGAAGGCCGGCAAGGUCAGUGGGGUGGGGGGGUGGGCGGUGGAGUGCUGGGAUGAAUGAAUGAGUGGAAGGGCAUGACAAACGAGGGAUGUUUCUGCCCUGCCGCGUGUGUAGUAUGCCUGUGUGUCUGUGUGUGUGUGCAGGUAUCCAAGUUGAAGAAGGGCGAGUUUCUGAUGGUCAACAUUGGGUCGACGUCGUCGGGCGGCAGGGUCACCGGCAUCAAGGGGGUGAGUAGGGCAGCGAGCCAGCCACACGCCCAUAUGCCGAUCCUGCCUACCCACCCACAACACACGGCCUGCAUGGAUGAGGUGGAUGAGUGGUCUUGUGUGUGUGUGUCCAUCUGUCUGACAUGAAUAAUGUGUUGCAGGAGUCGGCCAAGGUUGAGUUGACCCAGCCGGUGUGCACACAAGUGGGCGACAAGAUAGCCCUCAGCAGGAGAGUCGAGAAACACUGGAGGUACGUACCUACAUCAGACACACACACGGUGCACAUGUAACAGUAGCACAUGGGCAGCCAUCACUGUCUGCCCGUCUGCCUGCCUUCCCGUCUGUCUGUCUGUGUGUGUGUGUGUGUGUGCAGGUUGAUUGGCUGGGGUCAGAUUAUCAAGGGCCGCACGCUACCGAUGCCAGACGAAGAGGGCUGAAGGAAGGGAUGGAUGGGUGCAUUGAAUGCAUUGCAUGGGGGGGAUGGAUGGAUGUCUUGACCGACCGACCGGGAGUGUUCGUGUAUGUGAGACCUACGUUGUGUUGCAUUAUUGAUUGAUUUUUGAAGCUGC